AUGGCUAUUGAUACUAGCACUGCAAAUUUGGAUCGCACACAGAUUGUGCCGUUACAUGACGGUCCACAUGUGUUGCCUAACAACCCAUUGUUCACCAGGCUACUUCGACAUGCGCAUAGAAACUACCUUGCCAUCAGAGACCGAGAGCUUGGCGUCUCUAAGACAUACGGAGAGUUGCUCGAUGCGGUGCUGGGAUUGAGAGAUGUGGUACGGGCAGCGCUGCCCUCCGAGGUCAUUGAACAACUGAACAAUGGCAAUGAGGUUUACGUGGGAGUACUAGCCGCAGGAGGCUAUGAGUUUACAGUCGCUGUUCUGGCAGUUCUGGCGCUGGGGGCAGCGGUGGUACCUAUGUUCCCGGCGGCACCUGUUGACGAGAUCGUGUACUACGCUACAAAGUCACAGCAGGUGGCCAUCUUAUCCAGCUCUGCAACGACGCAACUAGCCCAAGAAUCGGCUCAGUGUUGUGGCAUCGCACAGCUCAACAUUCUACCCAAUCUGCCUCGCACACCUCGAUUCGAGCCACCCGACAUUUCGCUGUCUUCCAACCCACCACAAGACCCCAGUGCACCUGGCGUGGUUAUCUUUACUUCUGGUACAACUGGCAAACCCAAGGGUGUAGUCCUACGACGUACCUACACGCACGAGGGUGCCAUUACCGUCGGUGAUAGCUAUGGAAUCACCCACACAGAUGUGCUCCUACACACGCUUCCUGUACAUCAUCAGACUGGCUUGGGCACAUCGUUCUUCCCAUUCCUCAACGCGGGUGCCUGCAUCGAGUUUCAUGGCAAGUUUGACGCAGCCACUGUGAUGCAACGAUGGCUACAGGGUGGCCUGACAGUCUUCUCUGCUGUUCCUACUAUCUACAUGCGCUUGAAGUGGUUCAUCGAACAGCUCCCAGCGCAGGAGCAGGUCCCUUACAAGCAGUCGGCUACCCAGUUCCGUGCAUUCCUGUGUGGUUCUAGCGCUUUGCAAGAGCAUGUGCAGGACUUCUGGGCCGCUGAACUGGGUCGCCCCAUCCUCGCACGCUAUGGUGCCACCGAGAUUCCUGGCUGUAUCCGGGUGUCUGUCGAGCUUCGAGACGUUCCGAAAGGAAGUGUAGGCCAGCCUUUACCGGGCGUUGAGGCCAAGAUCUCGCCCGAGGGAGAACUUCUGGUCAAGACACCAAACAUGUUUGCAAAAUACCUCAUGGAACCAGAGACUACCAAGAACGCUCACGAUGCUGACGGUUGGUACAAGACUGGUGAUAUUGCCCGGCGUGAAGGGAACUUCUACUUUAUCGUGGGACGCGCAUCGGUUGAUAUCAUCAAGUCUGGUGGUUACAAGAUCUCAGCGCUGGACAUUGAGCGGGCGUGCCUAGCACUGCCGUAUGUGAAUGAGGCUAUGGUGGUGGGCGUUGAGGACGAUGAGUUUGGGCAGCGAGUUGGCGCAGUGCUGGCUCUCAAGAAUGCGAAAGCAUCGGACAUUACCCUUGCCAAGGUUCGGAGUGAUCUUAGGGGUCAGCUGGCUGGGUAUAAGCUGCCAACCUUAUUGAGGGUUGUGGAGGGGGAGCUUCCCAAGGGUGCCACAGGAAAGGUGCAGAAGAAGAUCCUGGGGCCGGAGCUGAUACCAAGUCCUGGGUACGAAAAGAUUCCCCAGGUACAGGUAUGGAAGAAUCCGAGACAGGCAGGGCGUGUGCUGGCAAGAUUGUAG